AUGGACACAGCCGAUGGUCCUUCACCGUCCGAAAGCUCACAAGAAAAGAAAGAUAAAGAAGAAGAGGCCAAAUCUGCACCUGUACUUGACGAGGAAGCCCCCAUGGAUCUUUCUGCUCCCACAGCCCCGGCGCAAAGCUCACCGGCAGCAACAAAAGCUGCUCCUGGAACUCCACAACCGGCUUCCGGUGCUGCCUCGACUAAAGCAACUGCUGCGGCGGAGACAGCUACCCCAACCCCACCACCAACAACUACGUCCGCAGAAACUUCGGACAAUAAGGAAUAA